GAGGGCACUCGCUCCGGGAGCCCCAUGUGUGCCAGGCACGGGUGACUUUCUCAGCGAAGGCGCACGGGAAGCAGGCGCCGACCGGGACGGCCAAAGAGUUUCCAGGCGGAGGCAAGGCAGUGGGGGCCUCCCAGCACUUCAGUGAGUUCUCUCCGCCAAACUUUUCUACUUUCCCCCUCCAAAGCCGGCGCUCCCCCCUCCUCUCUCGCGGGAAAGUGUUCUUCUCUGUUCCCCCCUCUCUCAGCCGCCGCCGCCCCAACCUCAGCUACCCACCGCAGGCGGGACCAGGACUUAUACACUUCGCGCCCCCUCGGGGGAAGCCUACAGGAGGUAGGGGCGUGCCCAGACCCCCGAUUUAAUUACUCUCGUGAGUGGGGGGGGGAGAAGCUCAACGGCUCCCCCCCCAUCAUCCCCGCCCCCAAUUCUCGCCUUUGACCCCAGCCUGCCCGCCCCGUCGGGGGGUGACAUCCUCCUCCCCGCUGCCCUUGAGCUGUCAGGGCGCGGGGGGCGGGCCGGGGCAGGGCCUUCCUGAGAUGGCCUCGGAGCUGGCGAUGGGCGGCGAGCUGCCCAGCAGUCCCCUGGCCAUCGAAUACGUGAACGACUUCGACCUGAUGAAGUUCGAAGUAAAGAAGGAGCCCCCCGAAGCGGAGCGCUUCUGCCACCGCCUUCCCCCAGGCUCACUCUCCUCCACGCCACUCAGUACUCCUUGCUCCUCGGUCCCAUCUUCUCCCAGCUUCUGUGCCCCAAGCCCAGGCACCGGCGGCAGCGGCGGCGGAGGCGGUGGAGGAGGAGGAGGAGGAGCGCCCACAGCGGGGCCCCCCGGGCCGCCGAACGGGGGCCCCGCAAGCGUUGGAGCUGUGCCUGGCAAGCCCCAGCUGGAGGACCUGUACUGGAUGAGCGGCUAUCAGCACCACCUCAACCCCGAGGCGCUCAACCUGACCCCGGAGGACGCUGUGGAGGCGCUCAUCGGCAGUGGCCACCACGGCGGCCACCACUCGGCCUCGGCCUACGAGACCUUCCGGGCUCAGGGUUUUCCGGGCAGCGGCGGGGGCGCCGGGGAGGAGCUGGGGCCCGGUCACCACCACGGUGGCCACCAUGCGGCUCACCACCAUCACCAUCACCCGGGCCACCACCACCACCAUGGCGCAGGCCACAGUCAUGGUCACCACGUGCGCCUGGAGGAGCGCUUCUCCGACGACCAGCUGGUGUCCAUGUCGGUGCGCGAGCUGAACCGACAGCUGCGUGGCUUCAGCAAGGAGGAGGUGAUCCGCCUGAAACAGAAGCGGCGGACCCUGAAGAACCGUGGCUACGCGCAGUCCUGCCGCUACAAGAGGGUGCAGCAGCGGCACAUCCUGGAGAGCGAGAAGUGCCAGCUGCAGAGCCAGGUGGAGCAGCUGAAGCUGGAGGUGGGCCGGCUGGCCAAAGAGCGGGACCUGUACCGGGAGAAAUACGAGAAGCUGGCGGGCCGGGGAGGCCCCGGGGCAGGGGCCGGAGCCGGGGGGCCUGGGGCAGCGGCCGGGGGAGCGGGCAGCGGCAACGCAGGCUUCCCCAGAGAGCCAUCCCCUCCUCAGGCUGCCCCCGGAGCGGCCAAAGGGGCAGCCGAUUACUUCCUGUGA